GGUGCAAUGUAAAAAUACUGUAGAUUAUUCUCACAUUAAAUUUUUAAUAUUAAAGGAAGACUAAAUCACUUUAAUUUCCUUUAGUUAAAGCGCACAGUAAGAAUUAAGUUACAUUUAAUAAUUAAUAUUUAUCAGAUUUGUAAAAUGGCAUAGCCAUGAAAGUGUUUACCGUACCAUAAGAGAGUGGUAGGCCGAAAAAAUAUUUUAUGCUACGUGGAAUAUUAGAUACGAAAGCAUAAAAUAAUAGAUAAACAGCAGCAUAGAAAUCAAAAAUAAAAUAAAGAUGAGUAUGGACGAGAAACUAAAAUACUCGCUUUUGCGCGGAGAUUUAGUGGAUAACCAAAGCGUUUGGACAAGACAUGAAAAACGAGUAUGGUUCCUCACACUCAUCACAGGCACUUGCAUGCUCUAUUCCACACGCACAUCUAUGCCGCUACUCAUACCCGCCGUUGCUGCUGAGCAGAAGUGGAGUAAAACUGAUUCGGGCACUGUACUCAGUUCAUUCUUUUGGGGUUAUACUUUAACACAGGUAGUGGGUGGCUAUUUUAGUGAUCGUUUUGGCGGUCAACGUGUAAUACUAUUCGCUUCAAUUGGCUGGUCGUUAAUCACAUUUCUCAUGCCCAACAUCAUAUGGAGUUCAACGGCGAUUAAAGCGUAUUCCAUUCCAUUUAUUGUAACUGUACGUAUUAUAAAUGGUGCAUUCCAGGGUGUUCACUUUCCAAGCAUGAUUAGUCUCACUAGCCAGAAUCUUUGCUCAAAUGAACGCACAAGCUUUUUUGGCCUACUCACAGCCGGCUCAGCGUUGGGCACGCUGCUUACGGGCAGUUUGGGCUCAUUUGUGUUGGAUUAUUUCGGCUGGCCAUAUGUUUUUCGUGUUAUUGGCUUUUUGGGCAUCGCAUGGGCGUUAAUGCUGCGCUACUACACCAUGGCAGGUGAACGUGGGCGUAUUAUCAAUGUGUCGGCACCUUCACGUCUAUGUGCCAGCAAGCAAAUCUCGGACAAUGUGCCUUGGCUACGGUACUUUAGAAAACUCUCAUUCUGGGCUUGCGUGCUCACACAUGCCUGCGAAAUGAACUGUUUCUUUGUAUUGCUUUCUUGGCUGCCCACAUAUUUCCACGAUGGAUUUCCGCAUGCCAAAGUGUGGGUAGUCAAUAUGAUUCCUUGGCUUGCUCUGCCGCCAUGCACAAUCUUUGCACGCUAUGUUACUGGACGAUUAUUGGCACGCGAUUGGUCUACUUCGGCAGUGAGGAAGAUCAUACAAAGCUGUUGCUUUGCAUCGCAGAAUCUGGCGUUAUUCAUAAUGGCGCGCACAAAUGACUAUCACACGGCAUUGAUAUGCAUGACCGUUAUAAUUGGUGGUACUGGCUUCCACAACAAUGCCGUCACAGUGAAUCCCCAAGACUUAGCGCCAUCGCAUUCGGGUAGCGUUUUCGGCCUGAUGAACACUGUUGGCGCAGUGCCGGGUUUUUUGGGUGUUUACCUCGCUGGACAUAUUCUAGAAGUAACACAAAGUUGGCCUAUUGUGUUCAGCACGGCUGCAGCCAUUAACUUGGUCGGUUGGGCGGUGUUUGUUAUAUUCGGCUCAGCCGAGGCGAUUGUGUGAUUUUUCAACAUAUAUAUGCAAUUUUUCCCCUACUCCGAAAGCAUGCACACAUUGCAAAGCACUGAUUGUUUUAUGCUAUUGCAAGUAGAUUUGUACAUACUAGUGCUUAUUUGUUUUAAAUUUAAUCAAAGGCUAUAAAUAUGUGAUUUCUUGUAUCAUUUAACUGUUCGAGCGAUCUAUUAACAACUAGAGAAACAUAUUUUUUAAGUAGUAUUGUAAAUUAUACCAUAUAUGCGUGAUAUGCAAGAAUAAACCGAUCUAAUUACGUAUAAGUAGAUCAAAAGUAA